AUGGAACAAAUAGAAGUGAUAUCUUCAUCUUCUUCAUCUUCUUAUCUAUCUAAUAGUUGGAAUUAUAUCAAUCAUCUUCCAUUAUUCUCCUUAUCAUCAUCUAAUGAAUUUACAACCAUCACAAACAACCACAAUAACAACACUUCAUCUCAAUAUCAAGGUUUAAAUAAAUGGUUAAGUUGUAAUACCCAAGAAGAUGGUUGGGGUCCAUUAUCUUCUACUUAUAAUGAUUUGACUCCAUGUUUUUUACAAGGUAUUUUAUUUGGUAUUUCAGCAAUUUUAAUGAUAUUAGUUGGGAUUUAUCAAAUUAUUUAUCUUAGAAAUAAAAAAAUUACUGUUGGUAAUAAAAUUAAUUGGAAUUUUUAUUUGAAAUUAUUUUUAGUUGUUAUUCAAAUUGGUUUCCAAAUUGGAUUAAUUUUAGUGUUUAAUAAUGAUAUUGGUAUUAUUAAAUUAUCUUUAAUACUCAAUUCAAUUGCUACUAUGGUUGCUCUUGGUAUUCAUUAUUUAGAACAAUUCAAAUCGACUAUUCCUAAUGGUGUAUUAUUAUUUUAUUGGUUAUUCCAAGUGAUUUUAAAUUUAGCAAGAAUUGGUAAUCUUUAUUUAAGAAAUAGUUUUGGCAAAAAUAAUGAUAAAGGUUUUGCAAAUUUAGUCAUUUUAUCCACGAUAAAUGCUUUUAUUAUUUUAAUUGUGGAAAUCCUGUUUCCUAUACAACCAUUAAAUAAUUAUUAUCAUCGGGUUUCUUUAAAAGAAUCACCACUUGAUCAAGCUAAUGUAUUUUCAAGAAUUACAUUUGAUUGGAUGGGUGGAUUAAUGAAAAAAGGGUAUCAUAAAUAUUUAACUGAAGAAGAUUUACCUUCAUUACCUAAAUCUUUAAAAGCCAAUAAAACUACUAAAGAUUUCGAUCAUUAUUGGAAUGCUCAAUCUACUAACAAUAAAUCAUUAACUUGGGCCAUUGCUCAAGCUUUUGGUGGUCAAUUCUUGUUGGGUGGUAUUUUUAAAGGUGCUCAAGAUGCAUUAGCUUUUGUUCAACCUCAAUUAUUACGUUUAUUAAUUAAAUUUGUCAAUGAUUAUUCCAAAUCAGUUAAAAAAGGUGAUCCUAUACCUUUAACUCGUGGAUUAUUGAUUUCUGUUUCCAUGUUUAUUGUUUCCGUAGUACAAACAGCUUCAUUACAUCAAUAUUUCCAACGAGCAUUUGAUUUAGGUAUGAAAAUUAAAUCAUCAUUGACAUCAGUUGUUUAUAAUAAAUCUUUAGUGUUAUCAAAUGAAUCCAAACAAGAAUCAUCAACGGGUGAUAUUGUUAAUUUAAUGUCAGUUGAUGUUCAAAGAUUACAAGAUUUAGUACAAAAUUUACAAAUCAUUUGGUCAGGUCCUUUCCAAAUUUUAUUAUGUUUAUAUUCAUUACAUGAAUUAAUUGGUAAUGCCAUGUGGGCCGGAGUAGCCAUUAUGAUAAUUAUGAUUCCGUUAAAUGCUGUUAUUGCUAGAACUCAAAAACGUUUACAAAAGACACAAAUGAAAUAUAAAGAUGAAAGAUCAAGAUUAAUUAAUGAAAUUUUAAAUAAUAUCAAAUCAUUAAAAUUAUAUGGUUGGGAACAACCUUAUUUAAAACAAUUGAAUUAUGUUAGAAAUGAAAAAGAAUUGAAAAAUUUGAAAAAAAUGGGGAUUUUCAUGGCAUCAUCUAAUUUCACAUGGAAUUUAGCUCCAUUUUUAGUUAGUUGUUCGACAUUUGCUGUGUUUGUAUGGACUUCAAAUAAAAGUUUAUCCACUGAUUUAGUGUUUCCAGCAUUAUCGUUAUUUAAUCUUUUAUCUUUCCCCUUGGCAGUUGUUCCAAUGGUCAUUACUAAUAUUGUCGAAGCUCAAGUUGCCAUUGGUAGAUUAACGAAAUUUUUAACUGGAUCAGAAUUACAAACCGAUGCCGUUAUAAGAUCACCUAAAGCUAAAAAUAUUGGUGAUACAGCGGUUCUGAUUAAAAAUGGGACAUUUUUAUGGUCUAAAGCCAAAGGUGAACAAAAUUAUAAAGUUGCCCUUUCAAAUAUCAAUUUAACUUGUAAAAAGGGGAAAUUGGAUUGUAUUGUUGGUAAAGUUGGUUCAGGGAAAUCAUCAAUUAUUCAAGCCAUUUUAGGUGAUUUAUAUAAAUUAGAUGGUGAAGUCAAUUUACAUGGUAAAGUGGCUUAUGUUUCUCAAGUCCCAUGGAUCAUGAAUGGUACCGUAAAGGACAAUAUAUUAUUUGGUCAUAGAUAUGAUCCUCAAUUUUAUCAAAUUGUAUUAAAAGCUUGUGCUUUAACAGUUGAUUUAAGUAUUUUACCCAAGGGUGAUAAAACUGAAGUUGGUGAAAAGGGGAUUUCACUUUCUGGUGGUCAAAAGGCAAGAUUAUCAUUAGCAAGAGCAGUUUAUGCUCGAGCCGAUGUUUAUUUAUUAGAUGAUCCAUUAAGUGCCGUUGAUGAACAUGUUGGGAAACAUUUAACUGAUCAUGUUUUAGGUCCUAAUGGUUUACUUAAAUCUAAAUGUAAAAUUUUGGCCACUAAUAAUAUUAAAGUUUUAAGUAUUGCUGAUACUUUAAAUUUGGUUAGUGAUGGAAGAUUAAUAGAACAAGGAACUUAUGAUGAUAUUAUGAAACAAGAAUCUAGUAAAAUCCGUCAAUUGAUUGAAUCAUUUGGUAAGAAAAAAGAUGAUUCCCCAACUCCAACUCCAUCAAGUCAAACUGACACUAAUAAUGAAGUUGAAAUCAAAAUUAAAGAUGAUGAUAUUAAUUUAGAUGAUUUGGAUUCAGAAUGUGAUUUAGAAGUUGAAAGUUUAAGAAGAGCUUCAGAGGCUUCAUUAGUUGUUGAUGAUGAAGAACGUCAACUUGGACCUCCUGAAGAAGAAGAAGAAGAUGAAGACACUAAAGCUAGAAAAGAACAUCUUGAACAAGGUAAAGUCAAAUGGGAAGUUUAUGGAGAAUAUGCCAAAGCAUGUGGUCCAAUUAAUGUUGUUAUUUUCUUAGGGUUUGCUCUUGGUUCUUAUUUGGUCAAUGUUGCUUCGACAUUUUGGUUAGAACAUUGGUCAGAAAUCAAUACUAAAUAUGGAUAUAAUCCUAAUGUUGGUAAAUAUCUUGGGAUUUAUUUUUUGUUGGGCAUUGGAUAUUCUUUAGCUUCAUUGAUUCAAAACACAUAUCUUUGGAUUUUUUGUACUAUUCAAGGUUCGAAAAAAUUACAUAAUAGUAUGGCUGUUAGUGUUCUUAGAGCACCAAUGACAUUUUUCGAAACUACUCCAAUUGGUAGAGUUUUAAAUCGAUUUUCUAAUGAUAUUUAUAAAGUUGAUGAAGUUAUUGGUCGAGUUUUCAAUAUGUUUUUCAGUAAUUCCAUUAAAGUUUUCCUUACUAUUGUGGUUAUUUCAUUUUCAACUUGGCCAUUUUUAUUCCUUAUUUUACCAUUAGGAGUAUUAUAUAUUUAUUAUCAGCAAUAUUAUUUAAGAACAUCACGAGAAUUGAGAAGAUUAGAUUCAGUUUCCAGAUCACCAAUUUUUGCCAAUUUCCAAGAAUCAUUAACUGGAGUUUCGACAAUUAGAGCUUAUGGUAAAGAAGAACGAUUCAAAUUUUUAAAUCAAUCAAGAGUUGAUAAAAAUAUGAGUGCUUAUCAUCCGGCAAUUAAUGCCAAUAGAUGGUUAGCUGUUAGAUUGGAAUUUUUAGGAUCAAUAAUUAUUUUGGGAGCCGCCGGAUUAUCGAUUUUAACAUUGAAAUCGGGUCAUUUAACUGCUGGAUUGGUAGGGUUAUCGGUUUCAUAUGCAUUACAAAUCACUCAAUCAUUGAAUUGGAUUGUUAGAAUGACAGUUGAAGUUGAAACCAAUAUUGUUUCUGUCGAAAGAGUAUUAGAAUAUUCUCGUUUGAAAUCUGAAGCAGCAGAGAUUAUUCCAGAUCAUCGACCACCACAAGAUUGGCCUCAACAAGGAGAAAUCAAAUUUAAUGAUUAUUCAACUAAAUAUAGACCUGAAUUGGAUUUAGUCUUGAGGAAUAUCAAUUUAGAUAUUAAACCAAAAGAAAAAAUUGGUAUUGUGGGUAGAACCGGUGCUGGUAAAUCAUCAAUUACUUUAGCAUUAUUUAGAAUAAUCGAAGCUUUUGAUGGUAAUAUCAAUAUUGAUGGUAUAGAUACAUCUUCAAUUGGAUUAUAUGAUUUAAGACAUAAAUUAUCGAUUAUUCCUCAAGAUUCUCAAGUUUUUGAAGGUACGAUUAGAUCGAAUUUGGAUCCAACUGAUGAAUAUACCGAUGAUCAAAUUUGGAAAGCCUUGGAAUUAUCUCAUUUGAAAGAUCAUGUUUUAAAAAUGCAUAACCAGAGGGAGACUACCGAGGAAGAAGAAGAAGAAGAAGAAAAUGGUGAAACUAAUCCAUUGUUGGUUAAAGUGAGUGAAGGUGGAGCUAAUUUAUCAAUUGGUCAAAGACAAUUAAUGUGUCUCGGUAGAGUCUUGUUGAAAUUAAAUUAUUCCAAUAUUUUAGUUUUAGAUGAAGCUACUGCUGCUGUUGAUGUUGAAACUGAUCAAAUAUUACAAGAAACCAUUCGAAAUGAAUUUAAAGAUAAAACAAUUAUUACUAUUGCUCAUAGAUUAAAUACAAUUUUGGAUUCUGAUCGUAUUUUAGUAUUAGAAAAAGGUCAAGUUGCUGAAUUUGAUACUCCAUCGAAUUUACUCAAGAAUAAAGAUUCAUUAUUUUAUGCCCUUUGUGAACAAGGUGGAUUUAUAAAUGAUGAACCUAAGGUGACAGCAAUAGAAUAG